CCUCCUUUUGCUCUGCCAGAAAACUUUUGUCUCUCUCUCUAGUAAUAAUAUCCUAACGUUGUGUGUUACUCUGUUCUUCUACUUCAAUUCCUAAUCCCUGACGACGAUGACUAUGGAACAAGAAAUUGAAGUCUUGGACCAGUUUCCGGUGGGGAUGAGAGUUCUUGCUGUUGACGAUGACCAGACUUGUCUCCGUAUUCUCCAGACUUUGCUUCAUCGCUGCCAAUACCAUGUUACAACAACGAACCAGGCACAGACCGCAUUGGAGUUGUUGAGGGAGAACAAGAACAAAUUUGAUCUCGUUAUUAGCGAUGUUGACAUGCCAGACAUGGAUGGUUUCAAGCUGCUUGAGCUUGUUGGUCUUGAAAUGGACUUACCUGUCAUAAUGUUAUCUGCGCACAGCGAUCCAAAGUAUGUGAUGAAAGGAGUUAAGCACGGUGCCUGCGACUAUCUGCUUAAGCCGGUUCGAAUUGAGGAGCUCAAGAACAUAUGGCAACACGUGGUGAGAAAGAGCAAACUUAAGAAGAACAAGAGCAGUGUGAGUAAUGGUGCAGCAAAUUCUGAUAAAGCAAACAGAAAACGUAAAGAACAGUAUGAAGAGGAGGAAGAGGAAGAAAGAGGGAAUGAAAACGAUGAUCCAACGGCACAAAAGAAACCUCGUGUUCUUUGGACGCAUGAGCUGCACAACAAAUUCCUAGCAGCUGUUGAUCAUUUGGGAGUUGAGAAAGCUGUACCAAAAAAGAUUCUUGAUCUGAUGAAUGUUGACAAACUCACUAGAGAAAAUGUUGCAAGCCACCUUCAGAAAUUCCGCGUUGCUUUGAAAAAGAUGUCUGAUGAAGCCAAUCAACAAGCUACCAGGGCGGCCAUUGAGUCACAGUUGAUGCAAAUGAGUUCUCACAAAGGACUUGGCGGCUUCUACCACCACCGUGGAAUACCUGUUGGAUCCGGUCAGUUUCAUGGUGGAGCCACAAUGAUGAGACAUUACCCUUCAAAUAGGAAUCUUGGUCGUCUAAAUUCCUUUGCAGGAGAAAUGUUCCAACCAGUCUCAUCAUCGUUUCCUCGUAACCACAAUAAUGGAGGAAACACACUUCAGGGAUUGCCACUUCCGCAACUAGAAGAGCUGCAGAUCAACAACAACAUCAACAAGGCUUUUCCAAGCUUUACCUCACAACAAAACUCUAUAAUGGUUGCUCCCAAUAAUCUCUUACUUCUCGAGGGUCACCCGCAGUCAUCAUCGCCAGGAUUUUCUCCUCACUUCGAGAUGAACAAGCGUCAAGAACAUUGGUCAAACACUGUAUUGUCAACCAACAUUCCACAGAGUGAUGUUCAUUCAAAACCUGACAACUUGGAAUGGAAUGCGUUCUGCGACUCAGCCAGUCCGCUAAUAAACCAAAACCUGGAUACAAAUACGACAUCUUUCUGCAGAAACACGGAUUUCAGAUCCACAAAUGCUGCACAAACAGACUUCUUUUAUCCAUUACAGAUGAAUCAGCAGCCUACAAACAACUCAGGUCCAAUGACAGAAGCUCAACUGUUUAGAAGUAGCAAUCCAAACGAAGGUUUACUCAUGGGACAACAGAAGCUACAGAGUGGUUUCAUGGCUUCUGAUGCUGGUUCCUUAGAUGAUAUAGUCAACUCCUUAAUGACACAGGAACAGAGCCAAUCUGAAUUCUCAGAAGGUGAUUGGGAUUUGGAUGGUUUAGCUCACUCUGAACAUGCCUAUGAGAAACCCUAUUUUCCCUUUUCCUUGUCAGCUUGAGAAACUGUUUUAUUCAGACACAAUCAAUUAUUAUUAUCUUUUGGUUCUGUCUCUUCUCUCUUCUUUGUAAUGAAACUGUAAGCUCUUGUUUUACAUCUUCCCCAAUGAUUUGAGCAACUUUGGAAGAUCCAAAAUCCAUAAAUAAAAUUCAAAGUGCCCU